AAUUAUCAAAUACGAGAAACCGGAUGGUAUCCGCCCUUGAUGUCGGCAUCAAACUCAAAGAUGAGUUUGAGGCUCUUGGAGUACAGGUUCUUGGUACUCCCAUCGAGACUAUCAUCACGACAGAGGAUAGGCAGUCAUUUGCCCAAGCGAUGGAGGAUAUUGGGAAGCGUUGUGCUCAGUCUGCUACAGCCACCACUCCAGAUGAAGCGGUUGCCGCAGGGCGUGAGAUCAGAUUCCCUGUCAUUGUUCGUGCUGCAUACGCGCUGGGUGGUCUGAGAUCUGGCUUCGCACAGGAUGAAGUCCAGCUUCGCGCUCUUUGUAGCAAGGCAUUCGCGACUAGCCCUCAAGUGCUCGUAGAAAAGAGCAUGAAAGGUUGGAAAGAGAUCGAAUACGAGGUUGUCCGCGAUUCCCGCGACAAUUGUAUAACUGUCUGUAAUAUGGAGAAUGUUGAUCCACUUGGUAUCCACAAUGGAGACUCCAUUGUGGUCGCUCCCUCCCAAACGCUAUCCGACUUCGAUUACAACAUGCUCCGAACAACUGCGAUCAAUGUCAUUCGCCAUCUUGGUGUUGUUGGCGAGUGUAACAUUCAGUACGCUCUGAAUCCGAUUAGAAGGAGUACUGCAUUAUUGAGGUAUGUCAACGCGCGUCUCUCGCAUUCGUCAGCACUGGCUUCGAAAGCUACAGGUUAUCCCCUUGCGUUUAUUGCUGCUAAGCUCGGUCUGGGUGUCCCGUUAAACGAAAUCAAGAACUCCGUGACGAAAGUAACCAGCGCUUGCUUCGAGCCAAGCUUAGACUACGUUGUCGUGAAGAUACCACAGACCAUCCAAAAGGCGAUACAGGCGAUUGACGAUCAGUUCCUUGGAUUUGCGAAGGACAUCGACGAGGAACUGGUCAAUCCCACUGACAAGCGGAUAUUCGCCAUCGCAAAUGUAUUCCAUCGGGGCGAUAGCGUCGACAAGAUCUGGCAGAUGACUAACAUCGACAAGUGGUACCUAACGAAACUUCAACACAUUCAUCGCAUGGAGAAGCGCUUGUCAGAUCAAUCUAUCUCUUCUGUCAGCAACAGAAUUAUCCUCCAAGCGAAGCAGCUUGGCUUCUCCGAUCGCUUGGUAGCCAGUUGUUUGGGUUCAACGGAGUUAGCUGUCCGAAGGCUUCGUCAAGAAAUUGGUAUUGAUUGGAGAGGGGCAGUGGGUCCCAUAUUGUCGAGCGCGAGAGAGGAGAUUGUGGCGCGACUUUGA